AUGAGCGUAGCUAGUAGUGCCGAGCUGUGCCCGCGGGAUCUCAACGAGAUUCCGUACAUCGCUUGGAUGAACAAGCAGAUUGCUGCCGGCCGUAUGCCCGCCGGCCCUUUGCCCGAUGGUGCGCCGGGUGCGGGGGACACCUCGUUCGAAGCCCCGCGCGAUGUCCCUACCCGUGGGCGCCGUGAUACCGACCGGGUUGCAUCUUCCCGCGUCGUUGACGACGACCCCUUCGAUGACGACGCCGAGGACUCCGACUACAACGACUGCGACGACGAUGCGGACUCUGGCGAAGAGGAAGACAAGGGCAUGUCCCCCUACGGAGAUGACGACGACGCCGAGGAGUACGCCGACGACGACGAGGACGCGCACGAGGAGGCCCAGCCUGCUACCCCGUCUCCCCGUCGCUCCCGGGCUACUGCCGCGGCCGGAACCAAGACUGCCGCGAAGGGCGGGGAACCUCCGCGUGCCGCUGCCAAAAACCGCAACCUGCACCCUGUCAAGCGGAGCGUGUGGUCCCACCGCGAGAGCACGAUCUUCGUGGCGGCACGUUGGUUCAUGAAGGACGAGCUCGGGAAGCUCCUCGGGAAGCAGGGAUCCCAGUACUGGGCCCGCCUCGUGCGCCAUCUCGAGGAGGAGAAUUCCGGGUGGGUGCGUGGCGUGAAUGCGCUGCAGAAGCAGUGGCGCAACCUCGUCAGCAUGUACAAGCAGAUUAGUAAGGGGGAGCGUGCGAGCGGCAAGGGGGCGGUGUGCAAGCCCCCUUGGUACCCGUACAUGGAGCUCUACCAGAACAACAAGGCGGUCGGCAACCCGCACGCCGUCGACGGUGGUGGCGCGGCACACGGUACGCCCACCUCCAAGCGCCCACGGGUGGCAGAGACGGCAACGAUGGCCGCCGCCAAGCUGGUGUGUGAGACAAUCAAGGGGUGCCACUCUGACGCGAUGAACAGGCUCGAAGGCCUCGUCCGCACAUGGAUGGAGCAGGACGCGCGGAUUGCCCGCGAACGCGUGCAGCAGCAGGCCCCAAACCCGCCUGCCAGCGACGGCUUCCCCGGGCACGCGGACAACAUGCCCGCAACUCACGCUGCCGAAGGUGGCGACAACGGCUGGCUCCGUCGCGGGCAGGCGCGCGACAGCGCCUCUAACCCUGAUGCGGGCAAGGAGGUGUGGGUUCGCGGCGCCGCCGAGUGA